AUGGGGCGGGGCUGCGCGGUUGCUCUCGCGGCGGCGGCGGCGGCGCUGCUGGUGUCGCUGCCUAUGCUGCUGGUGUUGCCGCCGGACGCGGACACGUACGAGCAGGAGAGCCGCCGGAUGUUCAUGGAGUGGAAGGCCAGGUUCAAGAAGACCUAUAAAUACGCCGGCGAAGAGGAGUGCCGCUACGCGGUGUUCAAGGAGAGCCGCUGCCGCGUCGCCUGGGCCAGGGCCGCCGGGGUGACCACAUCUGGCCUCAACGGUCUCGCCGCCCGCUCCAAUGAGGAGAUCUACCGCGGGCACGGGGUCGAGAAGGGGGAGGGAUCGUACGAGCAGGAGACCCGCCGGAUGUUCGUGGGGUGGAAGGCCAAGUACGGCAAGACCUACAGAGACGUCGGUGAGGAGGAAUGCCGGUACCGGUUGUUCAAGGGCAACCGCCGCGCCGUCGUCUGGCUCAACGCCGCCGCCGCCGCCGGGCAAAACGCGUAUGACAUCAACCAAUUCGGUGACCUAACCAACGAGGAGGUACGCCAAAGCUGCUACCCGGAGAUGGUAGACCAAGAGCUGAGCGCCAGGUGCCAAGCCGCCGCCCCCUACCCGGACCCCGAGCAUGGGAGGCGGAUUUGGUACCAGGUUUGCCGGUGCAUUGCUACGGAAGCGGAGUCUGGAGGUAGCGCCGUUCCUGGAGAUGAAGCACACAUGUGGAUCUGA